GCCUCUCGGUUUCGCCUUCGCCAUGGAGGACCCGCUCCUGUCAGCGGCGCCCAUCAACCCCAACAAUUUCCCAGCCAAGCUGUGGCGCCUCGUCAACAGCCCGCGCUUCCGCUCCAUCCGCUGGGACGCCCGCGGAGAAGGCCUCCUCAUCGACCAGCCCCUCUUCGAGGCCGAGCUGCUGGGCACGGGCGGCGGAGGCGGCGGCGGCGCAGGGAUGAUGGCGGCGCCGGGGGGCGGGCCGGGGAGCGAUGGCGUCUCCGCUCCCUCCCCUCUGCCUGCCUCGGCGUCGCCGUCCCCCUCCUCGCCGGAGCUCUUCAAGACCACCAACUUCACCAGCUUCAUCCGGCAGCUCAACCUCUACGGCUUCCGCAAGGUGGUGCUGGGCCCGCCAGGGGGAGGAGGAGGAGGCGGCGGCGGCGGUUCCUCGUCGCUCUCGCCGUCCUCCUCGCCCGGCGGGCCGCUGCACCACUUCCACAGCCCCCACUUCCGCCGCGACCGGCCCGACCUCCUGGUCCACCUCAAGCGCCUCACCAGCGCCAACAAGGCCAAGCUGGCGGCGGGCCUGGAAGUCACCAGCCGGCCGCCCAACCGCUUCCAGCGUCUGCUCAGCACCUCCCUCCACGGCAGUGGCGGCGGCGGCGGCACCGAGGCCCUCCUGGCCCACCAGCACCAACCCCAGGCCACCCCGCAGGGGCAGCCCGCUGCUUCCGCCGCGACGGCCGCAGCCAAAAACACCGACAACAAGCCCGCAUCACUGACUCUAGGGCAGUUUCACCGGUCUUUUCGGAGGGACAGCUUAUCUCCGUACUCCUACCUGUCACCGUCGCACAACCAAAAUGCUUUUCCAUUGAAAGGUUCAGAUCGGACUCCUCUUCCUCCCAGAACAUGGCCGAACUCCCUUGGGAUGCUCCCAGGGCAGGUGGAGGCAUCUACUUUUUCAGACAAAGGGGUUCCUUUUCCUGUGCUCCAGAGGUUUCCGACAGAGGUCACUUACACUCUGCAGCCCAGUGCUACAUCUGUGCACAUACAGCAAGGGCCCCAGACGAUGGCCGCCGCUUCUCAGAAGUACGGCAGCUAUGCAGGUUCGGCACCCUACUCCCAAGCCUACUACCCGACAGCUGUAUUACAGUGCUGCUCUCCGCCUACCCAUAUGGAUCCCUUAAGUGGUUGUGCCAGCCCCACAGCCUCAACCUAUACACAUUGCAGCUAUUUCCAGAAUCCACCAAUGCAGUCUUCAUACCCAGUUGAAUUUUUGCCUUCAAAUUGGCCCUGCAACCCUUCUGAUGAAACUAAGAAGACAGAAGUCAACUUGGAGGCCGUCUUCCAGAUUGUGGAUGAGAUGCAUUCAUCUCCCAAACUGGAAAUGGUAAAGGUGGAGCCAGUGGAGAACCAUGGUCCAACCUCACAGCCAAACCGAGGCCAGCAGUUGCUCAUCAAUCCAGGGAACAGUGAGGCACCUUCAAGUCAAGCCAGCCACCUUGAACCUCUGACUCCUGUCAGCUCUGAUAUUACGUCCUUUGUGGUGGAAUCUGAUCAAGCGAUAGCCUGCUCUCUGCCACAGUCUCCAGAGUUUAUUUACACGAUCCACACCACUGAACCUGUGGAGAAUGCUUCUGCACAGAUGAUGCCACAACCUGCAGCCACCCAGCAGACACAAGUGAAACUGAAGGAACAGCUGAACCAAACUUCAGCGCAGUCAUCCGUGGUGUUUGUACAGGAGGAACUGCCCUUCAGUCAGCAGCAGGACAAUCCAAACAUCAAGUGUCAGACGAGCCCAUCGGCAACAGUUGUGUCUUCAGAGCAGAUAGGAUUCAUCAUUUCGGAGGUGGGUCCCCUCAGCAAAUCUGUCAAAGAUUCAGUUUCCUCCAUUCAAAGCAAGUGCAGAGAAAGAAGGAGCAACUCACAGAAGGGCAAAUCUCCUGAUCUACACCUGCUAGUGGAUGUGGCUUGCAAACAAGAGCACUUUCCAAAGGAAGAAGAAUUAAGGGAGUGAGAACUUGGUGACCAUUCUGUGCAAACAGCGAGCAGUGCCUUUCCUGCCAGGAACACUCUGGGAACUCUUCAGUUCUUGUUAACCAAACCUCUUCACCUCCACUCAUUUGUGUUCCACUGAUAUCAGUCCCACCUGUUUUUUUUACUGCUCCUCUUUAGUAGGUUUAUAUUCUUUUUUUCUGGUCAAAGAAUAAUAAUUAAUUUGCCCAAAUGAUUCAAAAGUGGGGAACCUGGCAAACGAGAAAUCUUAGAAGAUGUCCCAACUACAGGAUGUUUCUUGUUUAGCACCACAAGCAGCAGCCGGAGUGGGAAUUGUUCACAGUUCAUUUGGGGAGCGUUUGAAGGAGGAUCUUUGCAAAAACAAAUGUAUUUGGAGGUCACAAGAUCUGUGGUCUGAACGGGUCAUUGGUUCCAGGAAAGACACCCUGGGAAAGAUGAGCUCAUUUUCUAGGUGCUUACACAUAACAUUUACUUCUUUCUUGUAUUUAUUCUUCCCCCCACCCUCACCCCUUAUGAUAAAUAUUGUCCCAUCUAAGAAAACCACUGCUGGAUAUUUUAUGUUAAUGGAGCAUUUUUGUGUUUUAAUAAUUUCCUUACUCUAGAGAUGCUUUAUAAGAAAUUAAGGCAUUUCUUGUAUACUCUCUUAGCUUAAAUAUGUUUUCAUGGGCUCUUUUAACUUGUUUGUUAUAACAGUAUUUAUUGACAAUAGAUUUUAAAGAAAGAUAGUUUUUUAUUCAUAUUUAUUUGUAUGUGUGAAUGAUGUAGCCUGAUGAGAAUGCGCUUCCAACUUGCUCACCCAUCUUUUCAGAGUCAGAUCACCACAACUGUGGGGGAAAAUGGAUAAAGGAACACUUGCAAAAGUGGAGUUAUCCCUGUCAUCUUCCUGCAUCUUAUAGUUCAGUUACAUUCAUUAUUUCCCAGUAGACCCAUGAAUGGUAGGAUGAACCAAAGUCACAGCUGCAAAUUUGACCAUAGCUCCAUGCAGGAGAGCUGGACCAGAAAUCCACUGUUAGAUCUCAAGACAUUAAUGAUGUACCACUUCAGUGCUGGCAUUGCUGUAGAUUGCUAAAUAUUUUAAGCUCAUCCUCAGUUGAUCUUCUGAGGCUUUGUUUGUCCUUCUAGAAAAGGCAGACAUUCAGCAUGCACUUAAUUUAAAAUAUGUUGCCACAUUUAGAGACAAUGUUCUUUUGCAGGGUCUCUGAAAGGUUCAGAUUGAGUGCUGUCCUGCCUCAGAAUAGGUUCAUGAACGAUUUGAGCCUGUGACUGAGAACUGUCCACAUGAAUUGAAAAGCAGACAAGUUUCUCCUUGGUCAUACUUGCUCAAGGUUAUACCAGCUGAGUCCUUUCUGAAUGAUAAACAAGAGUUUUGGGACUAGGACUGCAGAUUUAAGGCUUCAUUAGGAAAUGGCAGCAUUUAUUAGCUUAAAAAGAUAAGAAGCCAAGGAGCUGGAUCUCCUGCUGUAGUGACUUGACUUUACUGACUCUUGAGCAUUUAGAACCACAUCAAAAGGGAAAGGAGGACAUUCACCAGACAUUCACACUGGCUAAAGGAAUCUACAAUAGCGCAUGAAAUGGAUGCACCUUCUUAGUGUUUCUGCAGUUUGAGCCCAAAAUGUAUGUAUGUAGUCAGUACACAAUAAAGAGACUGCUCCA